UUGAAAAAUGUCGCUAAAUUUGAAGAACGAUUCUUCAGAUUCGGGAGACGAAAAAUCCGAAAAGCAAACAAACGGCCUUUCAUUUUUCACUGCUGAUGACGACGAAACUUCAUCAGAAUCGGAAACAGAGCAAGAAACAAGUUCAAAGCAUGAACCAGCCGUAAAUGAAACUUCUGUUUCAGUGAAGCAACUACCAUCACCGAGCACUCUUUUUGCAACUGUUGGGAAACCGAAAUUCUUGGAAACACUAUUAGAACAAAAUAACGUUGACUGGAACUCUUUAUCAAAACGUUAUGAGCCGUUAUUUGAAUACUCGAGCGUUUCCUGUCCCGUGGAAACAGUGGAUUUGGAAUCAGAUGAAAGAAACGAAGCUAGUAUAUCAGGUGCACCAAUAAAAUACAAGACUGAAAUUAGCGAGACUAAAAAACAUUUAUUUCUGCAUGGUAAAAGAUCUGCUGAUCUUGCCAAUGUUAUUGACACAUCAUCAAAUUCUACAAGUCAAGUUCAAAAACAAGAUGUUGAUCCUAGUGGAAAGAAACAAAAGAUAUCAUAACAAUUUUGGAACAGUUACAAUUUCUUGCUUGUAAAUAAUGUUUAUAAAAUUGUAAUUAAACAAAUAGCUAAAUCUUGGUUUUCAACAAACCGGAGGCUCUUAACAACAAACACUAAAAAGCAAAAUGGUCCCAAAACAUAAACAGUAAAACAUACUUCUUUGAAAGCAAGCUGAUCAGUACAUUACCAAUUACUAGAUUAAAAAAAAUUAAUUUCUAAAGUGCAAUCGACUUAACAGAAUCCAAGGAUGCUAGAAAAGGGGGAUACAGGGGCAUUCACCCCCCUUGCCUCCUGAUUUACACUUAUUCUUACUAAUUUUCACCCCAGAAGUGCCCCUUAAGUCUCUUUUUCACCCCCCUAACAAUGUGAUCCUCCAGCAUCCCUGACAAAAUUACUCACUCAACAAAGUAUGAAAGUAA